AUGUAUCGGGACUCGGAGCUGGUUUUCAGGGACAGAUGGGGCGGGUUGACACUCUUCAACGUUAAGAACUUUACCACUAGGCUUCUCAUGAACAACUCUACGUUUAGAGAACUGAAUGCUGUAGACUUCAAAGUGUCAGCGGAUCUAAAGUUUGUUCUGCUGAUCUCCGAUGUACGACCUGGCUGGAGGCACGCUCGUCUAGCCCGAUAUCAUGUUUACGAUGUUAUUACAAGAAAUAGAAUCCCGGUGUCCCCAAUAGAGGAUGACCGGUCAGCACCCCUUCUGCAGCAUGCCGAGUGGGCUCCCGUUGGUUCUAGUUUAGUCUUCGUACACGAUAAUGACAUCUAUUACAAGCCUAAAGUCCUGAAAACACUUGUGUGUCGUAUUACUAGUAAUGGUAUACCCGGCGUUGUUUUCAACGGAGUACCAGACUAUCUCUAUGAGACAGAGGUGUUGCGACUAGACCGCGCGCUUUGGUUCAGUCCAGAUGGGCAAACACUCAUGUACGUCACGUACAACGAUUCCCUGGUACCACAGUACAUGUACCCUUGGUACGGCUUCGACCAACCCGAACCGCCUCCGUAUUCAACUAUACGAACUUUAAGAUAUCCCCAGGUGAAUACGAACAAUCCGGUCGCAACAGUCUACGUGGUCAGUCUUAAGACUCCGAAGUUUCUCUUCCCUCAUGCCAUACAGUUUUCCUCACAAGUCGACAAAGGUUGGUACAUUCGCUGGAGCAGCUGGAUUUCAGAAAAGCAGAUAGCUGUGCUGUUACUCAAUCGACCGCAAAACGUAUCCAUAAUAUCGACGUGCAGUGCUGUACAUUAUAACUGUCAAGAUAUUUAUCGAGAUGAAUCAGAUGGGACCAGAUGGUCUGGUCUCGGCGCAGAACCUGUAGAGGAGGACUGCGGUUGGUGCGGUGGGGGUGCUCUAGUUGGUGGCAGUAGUGGGGUGUUCACAACAGUCCCAGUGACGGAUCAGGGUGGAGUGUGGAGGCAUGCUGUACACCUGACGCAGGAUACCAGGACAACCCUGACGCAGGGCAGCUUUGAAAUAACUCAGUUAGCUGGCUGGGAUGAGAGAAGACGAUUCUUAUACGUUAUCGGCACAGCAGUGGAUCAAGCCGGUGACCGCCAUUUGUAUCGAGUACGCGUUCCACAGGAUGGAUGGCCACCGGCGCCUAAAUGCCUCACUUGUCCAGGGGAACCGCCUGAUGAAGAACCAGACCCAACUACCGAACAACCUGAUUAUGAAAAUGUGACGUCAUCGCUGCCUGCGUGGCCGACGUCAACCGUGCUGCCUCAUGUGUCUGACGAAAACGACUCACUGCCCAUCGAGUGUCUUUACAACAGAGUGUUAUUUAGUACAAAUUUUUCGUAUUAUGUCCAGGAAUGUUUGGGUCCUGGACCGCCAGCUAUAUUUCUCUGCGCUUCAAGCGGAGCACGUAUCGCAGUCCUGCAUGAUGGAAAGCCUCUGCGUCAGCACUUUGCAGAACUGGCCACUCCGCAUACUAAAGUGUUCAGAGUCGAGGUGCAAGCUCAUAGAGAAGCAAGAGUUCGUCUCAUGUUACCUCCAGGACUCAGAGACACAGAUGACCUGCCUCUACCGCUUGUUUUACAUGUUUCUGCAGAGCCUGGAGCGCAGCUAGUGACGUCACGGUGGCAUGCUGGAUGGGGUUGGUACUUGGCUACUGCGCGAAAUUUCAUUGUGGCUGAAAUUGAUGCACGUGGCUCUGGUGGACAGGGAGAAGAGCUACGCACUGAAGUGUACCAAAAGUUAUUGUCGGUGGACGUAGAGGAUCAAAUCGCUGUGUUAUCGUAUCUUCGUGAUAACUUAAAGAUGGUAGACGGGAGUCGGAUCGGAGCGUGGGGCGCAGGUUACGGCGCUGCGGCAGCACACGCGCUGGCUGCGGGCGACGCUCGUAAUCUUACGCGUUGCAUAGCCUUACUUGCACCACUAGCUGAUUUAAGACACCAUAACUCAUUUUGGACGGAGCGUUAUGGCGGUGCAGGUGUCGGUGGUGAGGCUGCAGUGUGGCGCCGGGCAGGCAAUUUACCACCUCGACGAGUGCUACUCGCCCAUGCGACCGCAGACACCAGAGCACCACCGCACCAUGCCCUGGCGCUGGCUAGAGCACUGAUCAAAGCAGGAGCUCUUUAUACACAUCAUAUAUAUCCGGAUGAAGGGCACAAUUUCGAAAAGUCAGGAAUCCACCUCCACAAAACCAUGGAACACUUCUUCGACGAGUGCUUUGGUCCGGUCGAGCUUGCUGAUUGGGAUGCUGGAGUCGAGGGCCUCUUCCCAUUUAGAGAUUAA